CAGUGUAAUCAAAACAAACUAAAAGUGAUAUUAGCUAAUUUUCUUACAAAAAUAUGAAAGUUUGGCACGUUCUUUUAAGUAUUAUCAUCUCCAUCCAUUGUUGCAGUGCAUUUCGCUUCAGUGGCUUGGAGUUUUAUGCACACAUCCUCAAUGGUGACUUUCUGGAUUACAAACCCUUCGGCGGAGGAAGGUCAAAGAGCGAUGAAGUACAGCAGACUAUGCCAUCAAAGGGCCAAAGCCCCAAUUCGUUCCUAGACUACAUCACCUACAAGGACAAGCAGUAUUGUUCGAUCUACGAGGAGCAAGCCCAGGAAGUGGAAGAUCCCAAGGUCACAGAAGGGAAGCGUUCACUCAAGGUGAAAUGCAUCCCAGCCAAGGGAAACGGAACGUUGCAUAUAAUCUACUCGCUGAAAGAAGUCAUUAGCGUCCUUGCGCCGCACGGUAACUCCACCAAGCGAACCCAGGCCGGAAACUGCGUCGUUAUGCUGUUCUACACGAAAACUUGCAUUCACAGCGCUAUGAUGGCUCCACACUACAACGCACUGGCCCGUCAUUUUCCGGACUUGAAAGUUACGGCAAUCGAUGCGUUCAAUUUUCAUUCGUUGAACACAGAAUUCGGAAUUGUAGGACUACCAACCAUCAUGUUCUUCCACCAGGGACGGCCACUGGUAAAGUUCAACGAAACCGAAAUUACACUGGAAACGUUGGUGAAGUUUGUAACGAAACACAGUGGCGUUGAGCCACGGUUGGUGAAUCACAAAAUGACGAUCAACGUUCCACACUACAUCUCGGAGGAUUUUAAAGGGCCCCUGUCGAACAAGGUGGAAAAGAAAACCGACUACUGGCUGUACGUUGCAUGGAUCUUCAUUGUCGUGUGCAGUUGCUACUACUUCUCCAAGUCGUUGUUCUAUGUGCAGAUAAUCGAGAUGAUCAAGCGGAACUGGAGGGAAUCGGAGGCGCACCAUCGGAGUUAAGGAGAAUGAUAUCGGUAUUGAAAGAUGCGAAGUUUCUCAAAAUGUUAGUCAAUGCGGUGUUUUAGGACUAGUUUGUAACUUAUUGUUUCCUUGCGUGAGCUUUAGCUAUUUGUUU